UAGAAGCAAGUGGUGGAGUUGGCCAAGUCUUGAAGUAUAAUCAUCUAUCUCAUCGUGCAUGCAUUUUAGCGUUUCUUUCUCACUCUUUCCCUCAUUCUGCAUGCACACGCCUUCUCUCUAUCUUCCACACCCUCUCUUUCUUUCUUCUCACUUUCUCUCCGGUCACCGUCGAACCAAUCCCUCCUCAACCACUUCUCUCCGGUCAGAUUCCGACGAACUUCAACUCAACACUCGUUUCUCCAUCCACAAUACAAAUGAAAGUCCUAACUAACCACCACACGCGCGGCGUCAACUUAGUUCCCUAACCGCCGGCUACCGGACUUUCCGUGCAAACUUCCGGCGAGGCGAGCAAGCUUCGUUGUUCGAUUUGGCAUCUCUUGAAACUGUUGAAUUGAAGUUGAAAAUGGAGUCAAAGUGCUGCAUGAACGGUUUGUGUGGUGCCUCCACGUCGAUACGGUGGCGGAAAGGUUGGAUACUUCGAUCCGGUGAAUUUGCCGAUCUAUGUGAUAAGUGCGGUUCUGCUUAUGAGAAAUCAGAGUUUUGUGAUGUGUUCCAUGCGAAAGAUUCUGGUUGGAGAGAGUGCACUUCAUGUGGCAAGCGUCUUCACUGUGGAUGUGUUGCUUCAAGGUCUCAGCUUGAAAUACUUGAUACUAGUGGUGUAAGCUGUAUAAACUGUGCAAGUAAUUUGGGACUUCAACCUAUUGUUAGUAAUGAAAAGCCCAAUGAAUCUGAAACAGCAAAGGGAAAACAUGUCAGUGCGCAGCAGUGCAUAUCUUUGGUUGACCAAUUAAAUGUGAAGGAUAUGCAAGUUGGGAAUUAUGUAGGAAAUGACGGUCUGAGGUGCUGGCUCAAACCUCACAAUGUUGAUAUGGAUGGACCUUCUACAGAAAUCAAACCAGAAGUUUUACAUUCUGUUGGAGAAUUUGGUAACACUUCGAUAUCUCAAUUUCAUCUUGAGUCAAAUGGAUCAUCUAGGACUGACAAUGUAGAGAACUGUAAGGCAGACAACAUGCAAGGUCUAUAUGAAUCACUGGCACAUACAAAUUUGAGUAUGACCCUUGCUGCCCCUUUGGUAAAUUUGAAUCCCUUUCAUAAUGCCCUUGUUGAUGAAAGAGAACAAAGAAAAAUGUCACCUCCACUUCUAUUGGCGUCUAGAUCUCGUCAUCUUUUACCUAGACCCCCUAGGCCAACUCUCUCUCCAGGCUUAGAAGGUAAUGCAGGCACGGUGUCCCAGAUUCGUAUAGCAAGGCCUCCUGCUGAAGGACGAGGAAGGAAUCAGUUGCUUCCACGAUAUUGGCCUAGAAUUACAGAUCAAGAGUUGCAGCAAAUAUCGGGAGAUCCAAAUUCCACCAUUGUGCCACUCUUUGAAAAGAUGCUUAGCGCAAGUGAUGCUGGUCGAAUUGGUCGGUUGGUUCUACCAAAAGCAUGUGCUGAAGCAUAUUUUCCUCCUAUAUCUCAACCUGAGGGCCUUCCUCUGCGAAUCCAAGAUGUGAAAGGAAAAGAAUGGAUGUUUCAAUUUAGAUUUUGGCCAAAUAACAACAGUAGGAUGUAUGUUUUAGAAGGAGUAACCCCCUGCAUUCAGUCUAUGCAACUGCAAGCUGGUGAUACUGUUACAUUUAGCCGUAUGGACCCUGAGGGGAAACUUAUAAUGGGGUUCAGGAAGGCAACAAAUUCUACUUCAUUACAGGAAACUUUUCCGUCUAAUAUGCCCAAUGGUUCUCAUUCAAGUGAAACUUCCUAUUCUGGUGUUUAUGAGAAUAUACCUAUAUUAAGUGGUUACCGUGGCCUUCUUCAGUCUCAAAAGGGAUGUUCAGAAACCCACCUAAAUGUGCUGUCUAAAAAGUGGAACUCAGUUGGCGGUGACAUGGAUUGGCAUAAUGUAGAAGCACCCGAAAGCAGGAAAAGAGAUGCAUUGUCUUUGCCACCUGUGCUGGUUCCCGAGAAGAAAAGAACCAGAAAUAUUGGGUCAAAGAGUAAGAGGUUGCUUAUUGAUAGCCAGGAUGCACUGGAGCUGAAACUUACUUGGGAAGAGGCUCAGGAUUUACUUCGUCCACCGCCAGAAGUUAAGCCAAGUGUUGUCAUGAUUGAGGACCACAUAUUUGAAGAAUAUGAAGAGCCUCCUGUCUUUGGAAAGAAGAGUAUAUUUGUGGUACGAUCUAAUGGGAUAAAUGAGCAGUGGGCACAAUGUGAUAGUUGCUUAAAAUGGCGGAAGUUACCGGUUGAUGUACUUAUUCCCUCUAAGUGGACAUGUAUGGAGAAUUUUUGGGAUCAAAGCAGCAGGUGUUCGUGUGCUGCUCCCAAUGAAUUGAACCCAAGGGAACUGGAUUAUCUUUUGAGAAUGAACAAGGAAUUCAAGAAACAAAGACUAGCACUAGCAAGCCAGAGGCCAGCUUUGGAACGUGAAUCUUCUGGUCUUGAUGCUUUGGCCAGUGCUGCAGUACUUGGAGAUGAUGCAAGUGACUCUGGCAGGACACCAGUCGUGACCAGUACCACUACAAAACACCCUCGUCAUAGACCCGGGUGCUCCUGCAUUGUCUGUAUCCAGCCACCAAGUGGGAAGGGAAAACACAAACCUUCAUGCACCUGUAACGUGUGCUUGACAGUUAAACGUCGGUUUAAAACCCUGAUGAUGCGAAAGAAGAAACGUCAAUCUGAGCGAGAAGCUGAGAUUGCUCAGAAAAAUCAGCAAUCAUGGAGGACCAAUGAUGAAUCAGAAGUAGACAGCACUACUCGACAUUUAACUCCAGUUGAUGGUUCGGAGAUUGAAGCAAGGGUGCCAAAUGAGUUAAGCUCAAGGAGUCAAGACCAAGUGGUUGAAGCUGCCAAAGGACAAUUAGACUUGAACUCCCAACCGGACCAGGAAGACAUGCAAGCUGGACCAAACACUUUGAGCAUGAUGUCUCUUCUUGAAGAAGCAAAUCUCCCAUUGGAGACAUACCUGAAGCAAAAUGGUCUCUCUAGCUUGAUAUCAGAGCAGCAAACAAACUCAACAUCAAAUGUGCAGCCACAGACAACCACUGAGAGUGAGGGAAGACAAAAUGAAGAUUGCUGUACUGCUUCUGCAGGUCAUGAACAGGUAGGCAGUCCUGAAGAAAACAGUGAGCAAGACAGAGACCAAAACAAUUCAGUUUCAUGAAGUCUUGCUACCUUCAUUUGUUUCCCCUUUCCUUUACUCUGAAGUCAUUAUACAAGAACUCUCGUGAAGGCUAUAAAACUACAAGAGGUUUGAUAGGGAUGUCUAUAUUCUUUUUUCCUGUCCUAACUGAGAGAUUUCCCACUAUACAUAUAAAAGGCUAAAAAUGCUGAAGUUUAUGUUUUAGGUUGUACACCAGUGUGAGGCAAGGAGUUGAAGUAAAGCAUCUUCUUGCCAUGGUAAUACAUUAAUACAUCUGAUAGUAUUUGUUUAUUAUGUGUGUUAAAUUUAAAGAAAUGAUUCGUUUUACAGAUUUAAUAAGUUUUGUUUGUCAUCUAUUAAAUGUUAACUGUCAUUAAUUCUCUGACUAAACAUGGUAACAAAGUUGGAAGUAGUUAUUUGGAAAUAACUAGGAAUAAGGGUUUGCAUGAUUUAGAGACUCUUUGUGGCUACAGUGCUUAUAUACUAACAGGAUACUAACAUACAAUUCUCAACACAUUCUCUCUUACUGGUUAAAACUUACAACGAAUUUAAAUCAUGUAUUCCACAUAAAUUUGAGGUGACUCAUAAAUUUUAAUCAAUAGAAGAAUGUGUAUUCAAACGUGUGUUUUGCUAGCAUACUUUGAUUUGUAGCAAAUCACCUUUCUGUUUGAUGAGUUUGGAAAAGCCUCAAGAAAAUUCGACCCAAAUUAAUCUUUUGUAGUCAAGUAUUUCUCUUAUUCUAGUCAAACUUAAACCAAAGUUGGGUUUGGUUCGGAUUAUUAGGUUUAUUUGGUAGACUCGAGUAUUUCUCUUAUUCGAGUAAAAAAAAGUUGGGUUUUGUUCAGAUUUUCAUAUUUACAAAUUGAGUUUUGUUUGAACGAUUAGAUAUAGUUUCUAUAACUUAUAUCAAGUCUCGACGGUUAAUAGUAUUUAAUCAAACAAUCUUAUAAAUAGCCUAUUUUUUAUAGACAUAUAUUUUUAUCUUGUUAUUUUAUUUAAUAUGACCGUUUGAUCAAUUCUUUUAACGGUUGAGAUUUGGUGUAAGUCUUUUAGACUUACAUCUGGUGUCAACGGAUCCUGCCUCAAAUAACAAAAUGAAUCUUGCACUAAAAAUGAAUUCUUCUCAAGAAAAAGUGUAAAAUAAUUUACUUGUCUAAACUUAAUAAUUUUGGUAAAUAAAACAUUCUACCCAAACAACCUAUCUGCUGAAUAGCAUGAUUUUUAGUGAAGGAAAAAAAAUAAAAUCCAAUUGCUGUUAAAAUUCCUAACCAAAAGCCACAAGAAGUUUUAAGCAGUUAGAAACUCCAUAAAAAAAUAAAGCUCUAGUUCUAACUUUAGAGUUUUAUUAGCACAAAACCGAACACUUAUUUUUCUCGGAAACAUAUUCGGAAACACAAAAGCUAACGCAUACACAUACUUUAGAUUGUCUAUAUAUUUAAUUAGAAUUAAGAGAGGUUGUGGGUGUAAUCGCGUUGAGGAUAGAAGUAGCAGAGUGUUUAAAACCAUGAAAUAUUUUAGAUCUCUGCAUUUUGCUUAUUGAUGAAAAGGCAUAACAACUACAUGGUUUAUCCCCUAUAUGAGGUUUCUAUGGUAGAUCAUAUCAACCCUAGACACACCCAAAUUCUAUUGCCAAAAUAGAACAAAAGAACUAACCAGUGAAUACCAAACUUGAUCCUUAAAAUUGAAGACCUUACAAUGUGGUCCCUAAAAUGACCCAA